AUGCAUCCGCUGCUUGUUUGUCUUUCAUCGCUUUGCUUUGGCUUUUGUCAGCUUUAUGUGGUAGCAGAGCCCCUCUGCGACAAUUGUCGGGUGACUGAGAUAUAUCCCGGGAAGGAGAACUCUGUGGGUCAUCAGUUGUCCAGAAACCAGCGGAUUGUGCGCAUUAUCAACGAGUACAAACAAGUCAGCUGGGAGGAGUUCCAACGCCGGGAUAGGAUCAGGAAGCGCAGCCGGCAAUUGAAAGAGUAUAGUUUUUUGGUUAAGCUGAAAAUAGACAACUCUGUGCGCUGCAGUGGAGCCUUAGUAGCCUCUAGUUUGGUUCUAACAUCCAGUAAUUGUUUUACAAAUGAGAAGACCGAUCAGCUGAAAGUCAUUUUAAGUAAUGGAAAAACUCUGGGGGUGCAUAGUCAGGAAAAGCCUAUGGCAUACCCCGAACUCAGCUUGCUUUCUUUGAAACAACCAUGUGAUGUUCAACCAGCUGCAUUGUGCACCAAAACAUUGCAAUUAGGCCAAAAAGGUACCAUGCUAAUGGCCAGUUCUGAUCUUAGCUUCUAUGGACGCCGAAAGUCUGAAAUUAUUCCAAACGCAGCCUGUAAGAAAUCCUUCGAGGAGGAUCCUUCUGUUUAUGUAACUCCUAACAUGGUUUGUGUGAAAAACUCUCAAAAACCCGAUAAAUGUGCGACGAGUCCGGGAGAUGCCUUUCUGGUUGAUCACCAGCUUUGUGGAUUAAAUGUUUAUGGAUCUCGUUGCCAAGCAAACUCAUUAAAUGCCGAUCUUUAUAUAAAUCUCAGCCAACUACAGCCCUGGCUGAAAGAUAUUUUACAGAAAACUAAAUUAACAAAGUGA